AUUACCUGCACCGAAACAAGGGUUCAACAGGGGCUGAGGUGCGAAAUACAGUACAUGUGAACAAAACGUCGGCUAAGGAUUCCGUCCAAGAAACCGGGAGUGGGGCAAUGUACACGAACGCCUUUACAUCCGACGAACGUCUCCCACUGUCGAAAACCAGCCAGCUAAGGUACCUUAGCUCCGCCAGCGAUGGGAAGCCUCUGCAGCACCGAGCGCGGCGGCGAUCCCUUCUCGCAGCCGGGCCGCCGCCUCGGUGAGACACCUGCCGCACCGACCUCCGCCUCCGUCCCCGCCUCCGCGACAUCACCCCGGAGGGUCGGCGGUCCACCACGGACACUGGGCGGAUCCGGAGCCGCAGAAGCCGGCGCAUCGUCAAGAGGGGAUGGCCAAGAAGCGCGCCGAAAAGCAGGAGACGCUGCGAAGGCGCGCUUCCAAGGGAGCAAGCAGGGAGGCAAGCUGAAGGCCCAGUUAGACAGGCAGCGGGGCAUGACGGACACCAAGGUGCUUCAAGAGGCUAGCGAGACUGCGAGGCGGCAGAGGGACCUGGACCAGAGUACGAGUGCGCUCAGCCAUAGUUGAUCGAUUAUUGUAGCACCUACGGUGCUUGUCAUCAUGACAUCAGAGUGGUCGGGGGCGUUCGGAAGCUUGGGUGCUGAGGAUUGAUCUGGUUUAGCCUCCUUUGUUUGUUUUUGGUCUCGACUAGAUUUAACACUGAGAUGUUGCAUACUACCCUCUGUUUGUGGAGCCGGCAGACAGUAAUUGUAUUAUCUACUCACACUAUGUUGAGAGAUGC